GUAGCCCCAUCGAUAGUUUCGAUUAAGUCCACAACCACAUGAAACUUUGUCCUCUUCCUCUAGCUACACAACGAAACUUAUACAGUGUGUAUCUCCACGGUUUUUGAUAUUCAAGUUUGAACUCCAUCAUCGUUAAUUACUAACGAUUUCCGUCUAAUCUAUUUCUAAACCGGAUUAAAAUUUAUUAAAACCAAAAAAUGCAAAUUAUACAACACUCGAUAUCAGAUUCAACCCGGUUCAAACACGACCCAACACAACCACACUUAUGUCGAACCCUCUCACCAGUGGGGAAGGUUUCAAAAUUGACAUUCAUUAAAGGGGGAAACACAGACACCAACUUGAUUUCAAUUUCAUACCCACGCACGAACCCUAUAUGUGUGAUUCCAAACCCUAAAUCUACGAGAGAAGAUUUCGUCGAGUAGCUCUUAAUCGAGAGAGAAUUUUUCGAUUUAAGGUUGCAAUGAGGGAUUGAUAAAAGCUGUAGCGACAGAGUUACCAAAAGCUGAGCAUAGGAAAUGUGUGAGACACAUUUACGGAAAUUUGAAGGCAAAUCAUGGAAAAAAGAUGGAUAUGAAACCACUCAUCUGGAAUUUGGCAUGGAGUUACAAUGAAAAACAAUAUAAAAACAAUCUGGAAAGGCUGAAAGAGUAUGACGAAGGUGUCUACAAUGAUGUUAUGAACUCUAACCCGAAGAGUUGGUGCCGAGCUUUUUACAAGAUAGAUGGAAAAUGUUGUGAAGACGUUGAGAACAACACAGUUGAAUCAUUCAACAAUAGCAUUGGAAAAGCAAGGGAAAAACCAGUUAUGCCAAUGUUGGAGACUAUCAGGAGACUAGAAAUGACACGCAUUUCUUUGAGAAAAGCCAUUGCUAAUAGUCACCCAGGAAAAUUCACAACAUAUGUCCAGAAAUUCCUUGAUGAAGAGCAUGAAGAUGCUGCAAAGUGCACAAUAUGGCCAUGCACUAGUGGAAAGUUUGAGGUUAAAAUUAGUGGGCAGUCAGAGCGGGUAGACAUGACACUAAAGAAAUGCACUUGUUGCAAGUGGGAUAUAUGUGGGAUCCCAUGUCAGCAUGCCUAUGGAGUGAUAUUGAAAAACAACCUUAAUCCAGAUGAUUAUGUGUCGGAUUGGUUUCUCACAUCUCGCUUAAGAGAGACAUAUAAUGAGGCAAUGAUCCCACAAAGAGGUUCAAAUUAUUGGGCUCGUGGUGACGUAGCACUGGUGACUCAACCUCCCGAGCCACUACAACUUGGACGAAAGAAGAAGGAUAAGAAACAGAAAAGAAAGAAAGGAAUUAAUGAGUCUCCAUCCAAAAAGAAGAGUAAGAAGAAUAAGAAGAACAACAAGGAUAAGGAAAUUGGGUCUCCAUCGCAGACAAAACCUAAGAGGAUAAUGCACUGCAAGAAGUGUGGACAAGGUGGUCAUAAUUCUAGGUCAUGUGCCAAAAGAGCAAAACGGGUAAGUCAUUCUACACCGACUGUUUUAUGCUCGUUUAUAUUGGUUUUAAUGACUGUUGUUCUUUUAUAAUCAGACUCAUGGUGAAGGUUCAGGAAGUCAAUCUACAGAGCUCAUGUCUCAAGUGGAUCAAGCGUAGAAUCACAAGUGCAUCAAGUGUAGAAUUAGUUAGCCUUUUUGGCCGGCAAAGAAGAAAUUCUCUCUAUUUUGGCCUUUUUUAGAAUUGAACUAUGUUUCAGCUUUUAUCAUUUUGGUACUCAAAUCAUCAUGUAAUGGUGUUAUCUAUGACAUGAUUAGGUUCACUUUCAGAUUUCAUAAA